AUGCUAGUCUCAGUUCUUGCAGCAAUCUUGGACUCGAACAGCCUCUUCCUCUCCAUAUCCUCCUUGAUCUUCGAGAUUUGCUCUUUGGCUGCUGCCUCUUCGUUGAACCUCCCGCUCGUGGGAAGCCCUUUAUGCCUGAUGUCUCUCAGCAUCUCGGAGCUGAGAGACAUCAGCAAGCCCGGGUGCCCGAGCCAAUGCGGCGACAUUCCCAUCCCUUACCCCUUCGGCAUCGGCCCCAACUCCUCCUGCUCCCUCAACCCCUUCUUCUCCGUCCACUGCGACUCCUCCUUCUCCCCCCCGAAACCCUUCCUCUCCCUCAACACCACCUUACAAAUCUCCCACAUCUCCGACUCCACAAUCCAUCUCAAGAACCGAGUCGCCGUCAACUGCUACCACAACUCCUCCGAGCCCCCUAACAUAAUCCAGUCCUUCAUGAACCUCUCCGGCUCCCCCUUCGCCUUCUCCAGCUCCAACAAGAUCACCGCCGUCGGCUGCGACGACGUGGCCUUCCUCUCCCGGGACUUCGACGACUGGACCGACAUGAUCAGCUCGUGCGUCGCCAUCUGCUCCAAGCCGGGCGAGCUCCGCGCCGGGUCGUGCUCGGGGAUCGGCUGCUGCGAGGCGGCCGUGCCCGAGGGGCUGCAGUCGGUGUACGUGUCGAUGGAGACGAUCAACGCGCACGAUAAGGUUCGGAACUUCAGCUCGUGCGGGUAUGCGUUUCUGGCGGAGGCGGGAGGGUAUGGCUUCAAUGUGACGGACGUGUGGGACCCGCUGUUUGUCGGGAGAGUGGUGGAGAGCGUGCCGGUCGUCGUCGACUGGGUUAUCGGGGAGCGGAGCUGUUUUUGGUUCGGGGAGACCGUGUGCCAGGGGAAUAGUGUGUGUGUGGACUCGGGGUUGAGUCUUGGAGGGUAUCGUUGCAGCUGCUCCCCCGGAUACCAGGGGAAUCCGUAUCUUUCCCCUGGUUGCCGAGAUAUAAACGAAUGUGAGAAUAGCAAACCAUGCCACAAAUAUGCGACAUGUACAAACCUACAAGGCUCCUUCAACUGCUCUUGCCCUCUUCACUACGUCGGCGACGGCACAAACCACGGCACCGGCUGCAUAUACGUCUCCCCUCCGCCAAAACUCGCCGUCUACGCAGCUUCCGGCGCCGGCUUGCUCCUAUUCAUAACACCCUUAUUCAUCUUCUGGUCAUACAAAAUCCUCAAAAAGAGAAGCAUCAAGCAAAAAAAACACAUCCUAUUCAAACGCAACACCUCCCUUCUCCUCCACCAGCAAAACAUCCCCGGCCACGGCCACGCCCACGACAAGCUCCGCACCUUCACAAGCAAAGAGCUCGAGAAGGCCACGGACCGCUUCAACUCCAGCCGCAUCCUCGGCUGCGGCGGCCAAGGCACCGUCUACAAGGGCAUGCUCUCCGACGGCCGCCUCGUCGCCGUCAAGAAGUCCAAGCACACCUCCCACCGCCACCUCAAAGACUUCAUCAACGAGCUCGCCCUCCAAUCCGAGAUCAACCACCGCAACGUGGUGAAGCUGCUCGGCUGCUGCCUCGAGACCGAGGUCCCGCUCCUCGUCUACGAGUUCGUCCCCAACGGGACGCUCCACGACCUCAUCCACGACCCCCACACCGGAAUCCCCUUCACCUGGGAGAUCCGGCUGAGGAUCGCGACGGAGGUGGCCAACGCACUCGCGUACAUCCACUGUGCCACCUCCGUCCCGAUAUACCACAGGGACAUGAAGUCCAGUAAUAUCCUUUUAGACGAGAGGUACAGGGCGAAGCUCUCGGAUUUCGGGAUCUCGAGGUCGCCUGCCGUGGACCGGGCCCAGGUGACCACGAAAGUCCAGGGGACUUUCGGGUACCUGGACCCAGAGUACUUCCAGACAGGGAAGUUGACUGAGAAGAGCGAUGUUUACAGCUUUGGAGUAGUUCUGGUCGAGCUUUUGACCGGUCAAAAGCCUAUAGAGAUGGGAUUGGGGGAGGAAGAGGAGAUGAGUUUAGUUACGCGGUUUCUCGGGGCUAUGGAAGAGAAUCGCCUGAGGGCGAUUCUCGAUCAUAGGAUAGCGGACAGUGCUAUGGACGAGCUUGCGGUCGUUGCUGACGUGGCAAAGAGGUGUUUGAGCUUGAAUGGGAAGAAAAGGCCAAAGAUUAGGGAAGUGGUGAUGGAGUUGGAGAGCAUUGGAAGCAGUGAUGAGAAUCCAUCACUUGUUGAAUCUAGCUUUCAAGAUAUCAGCUUUGCGGAUAUGGAUGAUUCAUGGACACGUAGUGCUGAAUUCUUAGUUUAG